CUUCGUGUCUUUGAACCAAAACUCGAAGGCAAAGUUACAAUGGCUAACUGUCUGCGGAUGCCCAUGGCUUCGCCUCUCUGCUGCUCCUCCAAACGGCGUGGUAUCGGUGUAAUCAACUGCGCUAAAAUUCCUAUGGCUCCACUCAACCCUAAAGACCCCUUCCUAUCGAGGCUCGCCUCCCUUGCCGCCACCUCUCCAGAUACGCUCCUCAACAGACCCAAAAACUCCGAUACGCCACCAUUUUUGGACGUUUUCGACUCCCCAACCCUCAUGGCUACCCCUGCCCAGGUAGAGAGAUCCGUUUCGUACAACGAGCACAGACCAAGAAGACCUCCACCAGACUUACCUUCACUAUUGCUGCACGGAAGAAUAGUGUACAUUGGCAUGCCGUUGGUUCCAGCUGUUACUGAGCUUAUUGUAGCUGAGUUGAUGUACCUUCAGUGGAUGGAUCCCAAAGAGCCAGUUUAUCUCUACAUAAAUUCCACUGGAACAACUCGUGAUGAUGGUGAAACGGUUGGAAUGGAGACUGAAGGUUUCGCAAUUUAUGAUGCUAUGAUGCAAUUGAAGAAUGAGAUACAUACUGUUGCUGUUGGAGCUGCUAUAGGUCAUGCAUGCCUCUUACUCUCUGCUGGAAGCAAAGGCAAAAGGUUCAUGAUGCCACAUGCCAAAGCUAUGAUUCAACAGCCCCGUGUGCCAUCCUCUGGUUUAAUGCCAGCCAGUGAUGUUUUGAUUCGUGCAAAAGAGGUGAUAAUAAACAGGGAUGUCCUUGUUAAACUUCUAGCUAAGCACACUGGAAACUCAGAAGAGACAGUGGCCAAUGUGAUGAAAAGGCCAUUUUAUAUGGACUCUACUAGAGCUAAAGAAUUUGGUGUCAUUGAUAAGAUACUUUGGCGCGGACAGGAAAAGAUUAUGGCAGAUGCUGCCCCUCCGGAAGAGUGGGAUAAGAAUGCCGGGAUCAAAGUUCUUGAUGCAAUGUAGUUGCUUUCAAAUACUACUUAGGAGGAUUUUUCUGUCUGCAACAAAACAGAUCAUGCUCAUUACUCGUCCAAGCUUUGAUUUCAAGCAUAUACAGCUGGUUUCAUAGCUUAAGCCAAUACGGUCACCACACGAUUGUAAUCAACUACGGUGAGCUCGUGAAGGUGAGCAUAAUCGGGUGAUGGGGUGCAGCUAAAGUUCUCGAUGACAAAGCCUCCAAGAAGAGCACUGUGAUGAAAUAUAUUGAGGUUAAUAUUUAAUGGAAUUUUAUCAUGCCAUGUUUGAUUUAGCUCUUCACUCUUCAAUAGCACUUCAUCACCUAAAGGUUUGUUGACAUUAUAGUUAGUCGUAUGCUUAAAUUUGAUGCAAGCCUUGUACAAUACCCAUUCCUGAACAAAAUUUUCUUCUACUAUUGCCUGUUUCUUUUA